AUGAAACUCAUUACACUUCGUCUUUUCCAACACACCACCAAAUCUUCUGCCCAAAUUCCAUCGUCAAUGAAGACCAACCAUUCAUUUAACGAUACUAAUAUGCUCUCGUUUCUCUCUUCCAUCCAAUUCCAAGCUCUCUUCCUCUCUCUCAUAUCUCCAAUAACCCUUUCAUUUCUGAAGCUCACCAAAAGGCAUUAACUUCGACGCUCUUCUUUCCUUCCCAGAAAACAAUGGAGGGCACUAUCUUUCCCAACAAACCUGUUUAUCCAGUCCCAACAAAGAGACAAACUCAGUCAAACAAGCCUUUACAAUUCAGCUCAUCAACACUUCCUCUUCCUCCUCAAUCUCAAUCUCCCCCUUCACUCCCUCUAGACUCUCUUCUCCAGCACCUUCUCCACCUUUCUUCACCACCCAACACUAUCCAUAAACCAAAAACUAUCAAUCCUCCUAAAACCAACAAUUCCCAUUUCCCUUCUCUUCAUAUUUCUUCAGAUUCUACUCAAAAACUUCAGCAACAAGUCCAUCCCAAGAAACCCACUUCAGCUUCUCUUCUUCAGUUUGAUAACAGUAAAGAGGAAAGUCAAUCAAGAGAUGGUUCCCUUGAAUUUUUGUCAAGAAAGGGUAUGCUUAUGCUUAAUUCCAUCAAGGAACAGCCUUUGAAUAGUUUGAAUGAUUUCUUUAAUUCUGUUAAGUUUGAGCUGCUUCAAUUUGAUAUGUUUAGUUUAUUGAAAGCUCUAGACCUUUCUGGGGAUUGGGAAAGAGCUCUCUUGUUGUUUCAAUGGGUAGUUUCGGACAUAGGGUCUGAUAAUUUUAAAUUAGACAAUCAAGUUGUUGAACUAAUGGUCAGAGUUCUGGGGAGAGAAUCGCAGCAUGGAAUUGCAUUAAAACUGUUUGAUUUGAUUCCCAUAGAGGAAUGUUCCCUUGAUGUUCGAGCGCACACAACCAUUCUUCAUGCUUAUUCCCGCACUGGUAAGUACAAACGAGCAAUCUCCAUGUUUGAGAAAAUGAAGGCGACAGGCCUUUCUCCUACUUUAGUUACUUAUAAUGUCAUGCUUGAUGUUUAUGGGAAGAUGGGUCGGUCUUGGAAUAAAAUUUUACAAAUUUUGGAUGAGAUGAGAAGCAAAGGACUUGAGUUUGAUGAGUUUACUUGUAGUACUGUGAUAUCAGCUUGUGGGCGAGAAGGAUUAUUGAAUGAAGCAAAAGAAUUCUUUACUGGAUUGAAGUCUCAGGGCUAUGUACCUGGGACGGUCACCUAUAAUUCUUUACUACAAGUGUUUGGAAAGGCAGGGGUUUACACUGAGGCUUUGAGCAUUUUGAAAGAAAUGGAGGAUAACCACUGCCCAGCUGACUCUGUGACUUACAAUGAACUUGUAGCUGCUUAUGUGAGAGCAGGGUUUUAUGAGGAAGGGGCUGCAGUUAUUGAAACAAUGACAAAAAAAGGUGUAAUGCCAAAUGCUGUUACAUACACAACUGUUAUCAAUGCCUAUGGUAAAGCUGGAAAGGAAGACGAGGCAUUGAAAUUGUUCCAUAGGAUGAAAGAGUCGGGUUGUGUACCUAAUGUGUGUACUUAUAAUGCUGUGCUUGGAAUGUUAGGAAAGAAGUCACGCUCUGAGGAGAUGAUAAAAAUACUCUGUGACAUGAAAGUGAGCGGAUGUUCCCCCAACCGUAUUACAUGGAACACAAUGCUUGCCAUGUGUGGUAAUAAGGGCAUGCACAAGUAUGUCAACCAAGUCUUUAGGGAAAUGAAGAGCUGUGGUUUUGAGCCUGAUAGAGACACAUUCAACACUUUGAUCAGUGCCUAUGGCCGGUGUGGGUCAGAAAUUGAUGCUACAAAAAUGUACAAGGAGAUGAUAAGAGUAGGGUUCACACCAUGUGUUACAACUUACAAUGCUCUUCUUAAUGCUCUAGCUAGAAGAGGGGAUUGGAAAGCAGCAGAAUCAGUCAUUCUAGACAUGAAAAAUAAGGGUUUCAGGCCUAGUGAAACUUCAUAUUCUUUGAUGCUUCAAUGCUAUGCCAAGGGAGGGAAUGUGAAAGGGAUAGAGAAGAUUGAGAAAGACAUUUAUGAUGGUCAUAUCUAUCCUAGCUGGAUGCUGUUGAGAACGCUUGUUCUGGCAAACUUCAGAUGUAGAGCACUGAAGGGUAUGGAGAGAGCAUUUCAGGAAUUGCGAAAGAAUGGAUACAAACCUGAUUUGGUUUUGUUUAAUUCGAUGCUCUCAAUAUUUUCCAAGAAUAACAUGUACGAUAGGGCCCAUGAAAUGCUUCACUUAAUUCGUGAAAGUGGGCUGACGCCUGAUCUUGUCACCUAUAACAGCUUGAUGGACAUGUAUGCCAGAGCGGGAGAGUGUUGGAGAGCUGAAGAAAUCCUCAUAGGAUUACGGAAGUCUGGUGAAAAACCAGAUAUUGUGUCGUACAACACUGUCAUUAAAGGAUUUUGCAGGAAAGGCCUAAUGCAGGAGGCCAUAAGAAUUUUCUCUGAAAUGACAACUAGAGGGAUUCGACCAUGUAUUUUUACUUAUAAUACUUUUGUGGCAGGGUAUGCUUCACAGGGAAUGUUCACAGAAAUAGAUGAUGUUAUUGGCUACAUGAUUCAGCACAACUGCAAACCCAAUGAACUUACCUACAAGAUUGUGGUGGAUGGUUAUUGUAAAGCAAGAAGAUACAAAGAAGCCAUGGACUUUGUGUCAAAAAUUAAGGAGAUAGAUGAUUCUUUUGAUGAGCAGUCUAUAGACCGGCUGGCUUUUCGUGUUCGAGAGAAUCUGGAUUCAUAAAAAUUCACAAAGAAAAUCACUGCAUCCUGAUCAGAUAUAUAGUUUGAUUGGAUUAGUGCACAUUCUCUGGACGGUCUACCACUUCAAAUUUAUAUGAAUCACAAGAGUGGUUUGUUGUCUGAACUUCUACUUGUAGAUGCUUUCAAGAAGAAAUAAGCAAAUGGCGAGAAUGAAAUUUAUGCUAUUGCUGCAACAGAGAAUCCGACUCUGUAAUUGAACUUCCUUCACAUUGGCUUGAGGGGACAUGCUAACGAGUCUGUGUGGCUAUGAGCAACCACUUUUGAUAUAUGUGUAGGAACUAGAGGCAGUGGAUAAAUGAAGUGAAGGUGAGAUCUUAGAUUGCCAGAUGUAUCAGCCUUUUUGACAUGUCUACUGUUAGUUAUUCUUUUGCUAUUGAAUUUCAUCUAUCAUCCGUCUAAUCCCUUGUCACUCUCUGAACUGGAAAAAAUAUCUAACAUGGUAAAGAAUUUGAACAAAACCUUUGUCUGUCUGCUUAUACAAAAAGGGGGGAAAUGGGGUACAGUGUACAGAGAUUGUCGGGGGUUUUACUUUCUGUUUUUUGGGACAAGUAAAUUGGACCGUGUCUCAAAUUGGGCCUGUCAUGUUAAUCUUUGCGGUAUGUUUCCAAUAUUAUGGGAUGUCUGAACGGACAUUCAUUCCAGUAA